UGAAAGUUCUUCAGUACACUUUUUCUAUAUAAACCCAAACCAGCAGAAAAACUAAAACAUAAUAAACAUAACACCCUCUUCAAACAAUUCAUUGCAUUAGAUUCUCUCUUUCUCUUCUCAAAUUUUGAAAUGACUUCAUAUGAUCAAGAGAAACCAAUAGCCACCGGUUUUCCGAUGGAGGCUCCCAUGGUCCCUUGGUCUACUGGUCUUUGCGAUUGUUUUGAUGAUUGUAGUAAUUGUUGCUUGACAUGCUGGUGCCCAUGCAUUACAUUUGGUCAGACAUCCGAGAUUGUCGAUAGAGGAUUGUCAUCUUGUGGAGUGAACGGAGCACUUUACGCGCUAAUAGGAGUUUUCACUGGUUGUUCUUGGAUAUAUUCGUGCACGUACCGUACCAAAUUCAGAAGAACAUACAACUUAGAGGGGAGCGACUGUAAAGAUUGCCUAAUCCAUUUUUGGUGCGAAUCUUGUGCCCUCUGCCAACAAUAUAGGGAACUCAAGAACAGGGGUUACGAUGUGUCAUUAGGAUGGCACGGUAACGUGGAAAGGGGAAUGGGGGAUGUGGCUACUGCUCCGCCUCCAGUAUAUGGAAGUAUGAACAGAUAAAGACGACCAUGGACAAAGAACACAAAAGUUUGUUUGGAUUAAAUCAAUAUUUUGGUGUGUGCGCUACUAUUAAGUGCACCUGUUUGUUUCAGAUUGUUUAUAUAUUUUAGCUCAAACGUAAGCUAGCCUUUCUGUUGGAAUGUUUGUAAUUUGGACCUGUGAGAUUGUGUUUUAGUUUGGUGUGUGCUUUAAAAAGAAAUAGUUGUAUUUUGAGGAGUAUUACGAGCUUAUGAUGAUUUGUUAAUACAUGAAUUGUUCAUUACCAAUUUGUUCUAA